CAGGGCUGUGGCUUUGCAGAGGUUCAGUGGGAGCUUGACUCGGUUGAUGCCGCUGCAGGAGGUGCAGGGCGCGCAUCCUUGGUUGGCUGUGCCUUGGAAGCGGAAAGGGGGCUGAUUACCAAUCGGUCAAUUUUAUCACCAUAGAAAGAAGGCUUGGCUCACGACAUGUCUCCUUGGUUCAUACACUUGUACGACAUGAACAAAUUGCAUACCGAUUGGCUUCACUGAUGAGCCUCACGACGAUUCACUAUCCCGCUUGUAUGUACAAGUACCGAUGGGCGAGGCGGACACUCAGUUCGAGGCGGCCCCUGAUACUGCCGGCAGUGCCAUUAGGAAAAAGCGUCGCGGAGGAACACGCAGGAAAACUGGCUGGUCAGUGUCACAAUUUCCAACGUGAAGUAUCCUGCCUACGUAUGCAAUUUCUCACCCCGAGGAGCAGCCACACCUGCAAAACCCGCCAUAUACGGUGCGAUGAGAAGAAGCCCGUCUGCACCAAUUGCGAGCGCCUGCACCUUCACUGCCAGGCCUAUGAGCUCAUCAUCAAGCCAAGUCCUUGGUGUAGUGCCCCAGCCGGCGCUCUGUCAAGCAGCAGCAGGGUUCAGCCAGACGGGUCAAGUACCGGCAAAGUCCACGGCGAUGCUAGCACCGCUGAUAGUAAUGGCGCAUCCGUGGUGACACCAGAAUCGAUAUGGGAUGUCUUCAACCAGAUCCGCGUGCCCAAUGGGGGCACAGGCUCUGGUGAGGCUACUACCGAUGGAUCUCACUCGCCACUGCCGGCCAGCAGCAGCGUUCCUCAUACCAGACACUCGCCUUUGGACACAGUCCCGCUCACAGCCGAGAUGGCUCAUCUACUAGCCGUGUAUCGAGCAGGCGUUGCCACGUGGAUGGACAUAUUCGACCACGGCUGCGCGUACCAACGGGAAGUGCUCCGCAGGUGUCUAACCUCAAAGCUGCUUCUGACCAGCAUCUGCGCAUUCACCGCCAAGCACCUGAGCCUCCUCCGAGUCCCAUCCGGCGGCAACCCUGACUUGAAUGCACCUGACUGGGCUGCGGCUGCUGCCCGCUACUAUGGCGAAUCUCUGCGCAUGUUGAUCGCCUGCCUCAGCAACAACCGGUCCAGUCAAUCUCCGCACGACGAUCCGCUGACAGCGGCCAUGCUGCUGGGCAGCUAUGAGAUGAUUGCUGCCCAGGGACAGGAGCAUCGACGGCACUUCCACGGGGCGAUGGUGCUCGUCAAGACGCAUGGGAUCAAUGCCCAGUCUGUAGAGGGGCUCGAUCGGGCGAAUUUUUGGAUUUAUGUUAGGCAUGAUAUCACCGUGGCUCUGAUUAACGAGACAAAGCUGCAGGUUAGCCCCAAGGAGUGGAACGUCAAGUGGCGGGAGGGGGAAAGUGAGGAGGAUACGCUAGGCAACCAGAUGCUUUGGCUUGUCGGGAGGGCUAUUGAUGUCGCCUAUGCGCUUCCAUGUGACUUGCCAGACAAGGGGGUUUCUGACUCGGAGCGACAAAACAUAUGUGCUGAUGCCGCCAGGUGGCUUGAUAGCUUGCCGCUGUCAUUCAGGGGGGUCAAGUACGGCGAGCUUGGUGAUGAUCAUGGGUUUACCAAAAUUUACUUUGCCGUUCCCGCGGCAGCCGCUGCAAUGAUGUACUACCACUUGCUUCACAUCCUGCUUUACGCCGAGCCUACACUCCACCAGCCCUCCUGGGCAACUCAGGUCCAAGAUCAUGCGUCAGAGAUUGCAAACAUCGCGUUGUCAGAUCUACCCCAGAGUGUACGCAGCUUCUCACACUCGCCACUGUUCUUUGCGGCAAAGCACAUCAAGGGAAGGCCCAAGACCAUGCUCCUCGGUCUGCUAGAAGAUCUAGAAGUACAGCAUGGGUUCAGUACCCGAGGCUGGGUAAAGAAAUUGCAGCAUAUCAUGGAGAUUGUCUCAUGACAUACAUGGGGGGAGACUACAGCCAGCAAUAGCAUCAUGACAGCUGGUGAUGAGAUUCAUCUAUUACUAGGUACUCAGAAGUCAAAGACACUGGACGAGAAACUCGCUGGCUAUGGGCGGAGGUUCCAGUCAACUGAACAUGGCAGACAUUGAAGACGAUACAGGAAAUUCCCCCGAGGACAGGAUCUAGUACGGUGCCACCAAACUUUGAACACUAUAUUUGAAGUAAUACCAAACCGCAAAAAAAUGAUACUUGUAGUGUCACGCUGCUCUGAUUGCUAGA